UUUCUCACUGUGGUGUCGUUUGCCUUGCCUUCACUGAAAACAUGUCUACAUCGUUCAAACACGAUUUUGUCCGCGAUCAGAGAGUCGUACUUCCUACGGCAGAUACUUAUGCGGCAGCCAUCAGAGGCGGCACGUUCAUCGUCACCGGAUCAAAUACCGGGCUGGGUUUCGAUGCGGCAAAAUCUUUAGUCCAGACAGGUGCUUCGAAAGUCAUUCUCGCCGUGCGUACACCAUCCAAAGGAGAAGACGCAAGGUCCAAAAUUGAAACUGCCACGGGGAUUACGGGAGUUUUAGAAGUAUGGCAACUUGAAAUGGCCUCGUAUGAUUCUAUCUUGGCAUUUGCAAAACGAGUUGAGCUGCUUGAAAGAGUCGACGCAAUUAUCGAGAAUGCUGCAAUGGCAUUGGAUAAAUGGCAGACUGGAGACAAGGGGAUGGAGAUGUCGCUCAUCGUCAAUGUGACGGGAACGAUGUUACUUGCCGGGCUCGUAAUGCCUAAACUGAAGGAGUGUGCGGAAAAGUUCAACAUUAAACCUACGAUCAGCAUAGUUGGAAGUGGUGUAGCGCAUCAAGAUGAUUGCAGGGAUGAGCUGAAUAGGGUCCCCGAUGAGGAAGAUAUUAUCGACUUCUUCAACGAUCCAGUUCACGGAAUCAAUGCUCGGUACCCGCUUUCUAAGCUCCUCCUUCUCUAUGCUGUUAGGGAAUGGGCAUUACGUAACCCAGUGUCCUUGACAGGUGUUGUGGUCAACUAUGUGAAUCCUGGACUGUGCUACACAGAACUCGCACGCCACGUGGACGAGAAGAUCCGCAAGCAUGUCGAAGCGUUGCGUGACCAGAUUGGCAGGACUUCUGAGAUGGGAAGCAGGACCCUGGUACACGGCGCUGUUGCGGGAGAGGAGUCGCACGGUAAAUAUCUCUCGGAAUGUAUGGUCAAGGAACAUUAUAAUCCAGAAUCGAUCACUGGCGAGGAAGGCCAAAAAAUGCAAAAGCGAGUGUGGAAAAGUUUAACAAAUCACAUCAAUGCAAUUUCACCUGGAUGCCUCUGACCGAUUUGGAAAUAGUGGAAUGUCAAUAGACUUUCUCGGAAUUCUGAUGUCUGAAGCGCUAUAGUAAUUUAC